GAUGAUGAUGAUGAUGACUGUGUUGUAUUAUUUUACUGUUGGUGUCAGAAAUGUCCACAUUUAAAGAUUGUCUCCACGUCUCACCGCACCUGUCCAGUAUGCAUGUAUGAAUGUGUGAAUGUAUGAAUGUAUGAAUGUGUGAAUAGAUUAGUUGAUAUUUUGACAAACAUCAUGAAGUACUCAGGCAGGUUAACCCGCUCUGGUAGCAGGUCAUGUGACUGUUGUAAUGAAUGGAGACUUUCAGGCUGUUAAAUUCUUCUGUCUGUUUGUCUGAGUUGUAACUGAUUCACAAACAUCCGAAUCAUGAAUCAGCCUCAAACUCACAGGAACAGUGAAGCUGUCGGACGUCGCACGUCCUCUGUGCCAGCGAUGACGGCUGGUCCAUGAACGUGCAGCCGGAGGUCCGAGCCAUCGACGGUUACCCGGUGGUUCUGCCCUGCACUUUCAGCCACCCGCAGCACUCCCAGCAUUCCUCGCUGCAGGUGCUGUGGCGUCUGGGCCACGGUCAGGGCGCCGCCGUCCUGUUCCGCUGCACCAGCCGGACCGGGGCCCCCACCUGUGAGCCAGGGCCCCAGCAGGACCAGCGCUACCGGCUGGAGGGCAACCCACGAGAGCACGACCUGUCGCUGCGCAUCAACAGAGCCUCCCUACAGGACAGCGGGCGCUACUACUGCAGGGUGGAGGUUCAGGGCCGAGAGCACAUCAGCUUCGAGGACAAGAUGGGAACCAGACUGAGAGUGGAGGCUCCUCCGAAGAUCCUGGCUCUGUCAGUGGAGGGCAGUGAGCAGUCCGGGUACAGGGCUCUGUGCCGAGUUCAGGGCUCCCCGCUGCCGGACGUCCAGUGGCUCGGUCCGGACGACCUGCUGGAGGGUUCGUCGGUAGGCCCGCUGGCUCAGGGCACCACGGCUCACUACCACACCGUCAGCCAGCUGAGGGACGUGGAGCCGGGCCAGCAGUACACCUGCAGCGCCUCCAACCCGCUUGGCAAAGAGCAGGCCACCCUGUACGUCCUGCCCCCCCAGCCCCCGCCGUCACUGGCCGGGGCGUCGCCUCCUCUGCUGCUGCUCCUGUCGCUGUCUGUGGGGGCAAAGGUCAUCCUCCUGGUGGGGGUGGGGGUGUGGCUGGUGCAGGGAGGAGCUCUGCAGGGAGUCCGCUGCUGGUGGAAGUAACCUGUUCUCAACAUCUUAACAAUGUAAUGAAUUAACUCUCAUUAUAAUUUAAGUUUUACAGACUUUAUCAUCAUAAUCAGGUUCAUAUUUCAUCAUGUUUAUUUGUAAUCACAUGAGCAGGAAGCUGCUGAUAAACAUCCAAAAAAGUUCUGAUGAAAACAUGUAGUUGUUCUGUAUCAAAGAUAAGAACGAACACAUUCUCUCAAAUGGACGUAAUGGGAUGAAAUGUUUCAUAAGUCACAAAAUUAUGAUGAAAAGAAAUGUGUAACAUAGUAAAACAGGUUACGACUCCAGUUAAACCCCAGGAAAUAUUAAUUCAUGAUUAAUUUCCUGUUUGUAAAAAGGUUUCAUGGAUGAUUAGUGUCCGGUUUUCUCGCGUGACAUUAAAUAUUAAUCUCUUCA